AUGUCUAUUGAAUCAUUUGAUAUUCUAACAAUUGAAAUAAAAGAUAAUGAAAUGAAUGAUUUAUUAGAAUAUCUUUAUCAAAAUGAAUCAUUAUUAAAAGAAAAUGGUGCAAUAAAAUUAAUUCCAACAUCAAAUUUUAAAAAUCUAUUAAAAAAAACACCAAUAAAUAUUCCAUUAUGUUCAACAAUUCAAGAAGUUAAACAAAUUCAUAAUGAAAAUUUAAUUUAUUCAAUAAAAACAAAUUCAUUGAAUGAAAAUAAAGAAAAAAAAGAAAAUAAUUUAAUAAAUGAUGAUGAAAUAUUUUGGUUAUUAUUACCAAAUGGUUCAAAUACACAACAUAUCUCAAGUAUUUCUCAAAUUAAUUCACAAUCAUUAUUUUUAAAACGUGUUCAACGUGAUCAAUUUGAUUUUCAUCAAUUACCUUUCAAAUCACUUUUAAAAUUAUCUGGAAAAAAAUUUUGUAAUCAAUAUUCAUCAACAUUAAUCAAAGCACAUGGACCUGCUGCAAUCUUUCCAUUAUCUUCAAAUAAACAAAAUCUUUAUCAAUUAAAUUAUCAUCAUGAAGGUAGACUUCGUUAUUGGUAUAUAAUUCCAUCAGAAGAAAGAAAGAAAUUUGACGAUUUAUUUACAGAAAAUCAUCCAUCAAUAUGUAUCAAACAUGAUGAAAUAUUAAUUGAUCCAUUAUUAUUUCAGAAAUAUGAAAUAAAAUAUAAAAGAGUAAUUCAAAAUUCAGGUGAAAUUCUUAUUUUAUCUGGAGGAAUUCUUUCACAAAGUUUUACUCAACAUGAAAUUUUGUGUGAAUCAAUUCAUUUUAGUUUACCAUCUUGUUUUUAUAAUGAACUUACUGUAAAUUCUUCAGUAUGUCAUUGUAAAUUAUCUGCAAGUUCAAAUCAAGAUGAAUCAAUUGAUUUAAAUUUAUAUAAUGAUGAAACUAUUCAAGGAUAUAUUCAAAAAUAUCUUCAACUCAAUAUUCAUCAAAAUAAAGAUUCUACAUUAGAUAAAGAUACAUCAUUUCUUAUUAAUAUCAAUGAGUAA